UUACUUUCAAACCAUGGGGUGGCGUUUUCAAGAACAGUUACAAUUCACUACCAUGGUGCACAGAAGAAGAAAUCCGUCGCAUUCCAAAAUGACGGACCCGACAACAUCUCCAGAGGACCAGUGGAAAACAUCUGAUGGUGCUUUCAGCGAUGGUGGCUUUGACAACAGUUAUAUCUCUGAAGCAAUCAGAAAGGGUACUGUAGUGUCCCGGGCCAACAGUAUCGGCUCAACAAGUGCCUCUUCAGUGCCAAACACAGAUGAUGAAGACAGCGACUACAGGCAUGAAACAUAUAAGGACUCGUAUAAAGAUCGUCGGAGACAAGCACACACACAAGCUGAGCAGAAGCGUAGAGAUGCUAUUAAAAAAGGAUAUGAUGACCUCCAGUCAAUCGUUCCAACCUGCCAGCAGCAGUCUGAAUUUGCGGUGGGAGCACAGAAGAUCAGCAAGGCUACUAUUCUGCAAAAAACAAUUGACUACAUCCAUUUCCUUCACAAAGAAAAGAAGAAGCAAGAGGAGGAAGUUUCUGUCCUAAGAAAAGAAGUGAUGGCGCUUAAGAUUAUGAAAACGAACUAUGAGCACAUAGUGAAGGCUCACCAAAACAACCCACAGCAGGGAGAGGAUCAGGUGUCGGACCAGGUCAAGUUCAACAUCUUUCAGAGCAUCAUGGACUCCCUGUUUCAAUCUUUCAGCAACUCUGUUUCAGUGAGCAGCUUCCAAGAACUUUCGGCCUGUGUAUUCAGUUGGAUUGAGGAACACUGCAAGCCACAGACGCUGCGGGAGUUUGUUGUUGGAGUGCUGCGGCAGCUCAACAGUCAGCUUUACUGACUGCACCUGGCCUCUGGUUAACUCCCAAAAAUGGACUUUUUGAGCUUACUCUGGCCUCUAAGAGUAAAAAAAUGUUGAUCAGCCUCAAGCUAUGUCACAGUAUUUAUACUCACUUUGACUCAUCAGUGACUCCCUGGCUGCAAUUUGAUUACCUCAUCACAUGUGGCAGAGGUGAAAGGUGGCAUUGGAAUGAGCAGAUAUAAGUUUAAUGCAAAUCACUUUAAGCUUUGAAAUGUACAUACAUGUUUAACUGAGUGUAUUUCAGGAUCUUCUGAUUGUUAUUUGAUUUGGGAACCCAGCAGUACAGAAGUCACUGAAAGUGCAGUUUUCAAUGUGUCAGGCAGGCAAAAUAUUGUGUUGAACUAAUGGUAAUCACCAUCUGCAGUAGCCAUAGUUGCCCACACUGAGAUAAAAAACAUGAGGGGAGAUUAGAUCUUAAUAGCGAGAACUCUUCUUACAGAUUGAGUGAACUGAUGGUAAAGUUUAUGGUGCAUUUUAAAAUAAUUAACAGAGAGAAAAGAGGGGAAGGGAACUCAUGAGCCAACACGUUCCCCUCUG